AUGUUGAACUUCACGGGCCAAACGAGGAGGAGAAAUGUCAAUUUAGGGAACAGGACCAGAAAUACAAAAAAGGAUUUACUGGAGAAGGCAAAAAGGGAACGAGAAAGAAGAGCUCAGGAUAGAUUAAAAGAAGAUGCUAGUAAGACUAUCCAGAAGUGCAUCAGAAGACGUUUUGAAAAUGUGAGAUUCUUCAAGACUGCUUUUACGAAGUCGCAAUUAGUCCACAUGAUACCGGCUUACGGGGGGAAAUUGAUCUAUUACAUUUCUCAAUAUGAUUUGCAGCAAGUAUUGAUCUUAUCUCAAGAUUUCUUGUCUACCUAUACUAAUUCCUUAGGUAAUAGACAACUGUUUAGUUUGUUGAAGCAGUAUCAAGACGACACGUUAGUGGUACAAACUAUAAGCGAUCUGAAUAUGAACAACCCCACUGUUGACGAGUUUUUAAACAGCGUAUCAUGCUAUCUCCGUCAAACGUCUUCGUUAAGUUACUCUGCGACUUUGAAACUAGUCGAUGUUAUAGAGAAAUGGGGAGUAAUGAACACUGCCGCUUCUGUAAGUAUCUUUUCAAUACCAAUAAGGUCCUUUGAAAGGCGACCAUUUGCAUUGGAAUUUUAUUGCAUACUUUCGGAAAGAAACCUUUUGCCCAAGCAUAUUAAUACAGAUCCGAAAUUAUGGGACAACAUGGCGAAGGUAUAUUCGCAUUGCAGUGAAGGCGGACAGAAAAAUAUUGCCAGGCUACUCAUACCCAAUUUCAAUUAUCAUAUUUCCUUAUCAGUCUUGCCCAAUGAUAACGACUAUAUAUUGAAAUUUUACGAAAAGGAAUUUAUAGAUCAAGUUAUUUGUGCCACUAAAGAUUACGUUUCUGAUGAAAAUCACGUUAAAAAUUUGAUGUGCUACAUCGCUAGCUCUCCCAAUCAAAGUUGCAAGAAUUCUGUUCUGAUUACUUUAUUGUCAAACAAGGACUUUGUAAAAAGGCUCUCAUGGGAGUUUUUUCACACGAAGUUCGCUACUAGCAAAACAGAAGCUCACCCCCUCUUUUCGGUUUUAGCACAGCUUAUUGACAUGCACCUUUUAAUAUCGACUGAUCGGGAGUUAUUAGAUCAUAAGUCAGUAAUACCUAUUGAGGAGCUUAAGAGAUAUACAUCCAUUCUGAAGGAUUUUACUUUCCGCCAAUAUUGGGAAUUACCUGAAACUGAAAGAAAUCCCAUGUUGAAAGAGGGAGUACCACUUUUAAACAAAGUUUACGAAAGAGACUCGAGACUGCACUUUCUAUCCACAGAGGAUAGCCCAACUUAUUGGGAAAACUCUGAAAAACAAUUUUUGAGUUUGAGAUUUUAUGAAGAAUUGCAGGAGUACGAAGAUUUGUAUAGGGAACACUUAGAACAAGAAAGCGAUGAGGAUAUGGAAAAGGGAUUUGAUCUUGAUAACGAGAGACGUUCCUUUAAAUCUUUAUUGUUAAACAAAAUGAAAAAGAGGUUAAAAUCAUCUUUGCGUUUUCGAAAAUUAGAAAUUCUUUUAGAAUUACCAUUCUUCAUCCCUUUUGAAGAAAGAGUGGAUUUAUUCUACAUGUUCAUUGCACUUGACAAAAAACGAUUGUCCUUAGAUGACGACCACAACUUAAUGAAUAUGUUUGCUCCUUGGGCCUCGAACGGGAUGAGAAAGCAAUCUGCCGUUAUUUCUAGAGACAGUGUUGUAGAGGAUGCUUUCAAUGCGUUCAAUUCCAUAGGAGAAAGGUUCAAGGCAUCGUUGGAUGUUACGUUUGUUAAUGAAUUUGGUGAAGAAGCUGGUAUUGAUGGUGGUGGUAUCACUAAAGAAUUCUUGACUAAUGUGUCUGAAGAAGGUUUCAAAGACCCAAAGCACGGAUUAUUUCAGACAAAUGAUCGUUAUGAACUAUAUCCUUCCGUUAUUUAUGACACUUCAAAACUGAAGUAUAUAUGGUUCCUUGGAAAAAUUGUGGGCAAAUGUCUAUAUGAGCAUGUUUUGAUAGAUGUAUCUUUUGCCGAUUUCUUCUUGAAGAAAUUGUUAAAUCACUCAAACGGAUUUUUAUCUUCCUUCUCUGAUCUCGGGAGUUAUGACUCGGUGCUGUAUAGUAAUCUGGUCAAACUAUUAAAUAUGACUGCAGAUGAAAUUAAAUCUUUAGAAUUGACGUUUGAAAUCGAUGUGCCUGAAAGUCCCGCGAAAGUCAUUGACUUAAUUCCCAACGGUUCAAAAAUUUAUGUGACAAAAGAUAACGUGUUGUUAUAUAUUACUAAGGUAACCGAUUACAAGUUAAAUAAAAGAUGCGUCAAACCUGUUUCAGCAUUUCAUGGGGGUCUCAGUGUUAUUAUUGCUCCACAUUGGAUGGAAAUGUUCAACUCUAUAGAACUACAAAUGUUGAUAUCAGGUGAAAGAGACAACAUUGAUUUGGAUGACUUGAAAUCCAACACAGAAUACGGGGGUUAUACAGAAGCAGAUCAGACAAUUGUUGAUUUUUGGGAAGUUUUAAACGAUUUCAAGUUUGAAGAGAAAUUGAACUUUUUGAAAUUUGUCACUUCCGUCCCACAGGCUCCACUACAAGGCUUCAAAGCAUUAGAUCCCAAAUUUGGUAUAAGGAAUGCCGGGACGGAGAAGUACAGGCUGCCUACGGCAUCUACUUGUGUUAAUUUAUUAAAGCUUCCAGAUUAUAGAAAUAAAAAAAUUUUAAAAGAGAAGUUAUUGUACGCGAUAAAUUCAGGAGCCAGAUUUGAUUUAUCGUGA